AAAUGUAUGAUGUGCAGUAACUAGAAUUCCUAACUCCUCCCCGUUUCCUGUUCUCUAAAGAAGAUUUAGGACACGCCCGAGCUGCCUUGAGCCUGGUGAAACAUGUGUGACUAUAUGGAGGUACAGUUCGCCUGUUUCAUGAGUUCCCUGCCAGCCUCAUUUCCACUGGGGGACACGUGCUGUUGAUCUUUAGAUAACUGUGUUUCAGCAUGAUUGCUGCAAUUAACUCCUGCAGUGUUUUAAUUCAUACAAUACCAACAGUGCAUUAACCUUAGCAUGUUUUUUUCUUGCACAGUUUAGGGAGUACAAAAUGGAUACAAAUUCAAUGUUCACAUUGUUUACAUUAUAUAUAACACACAUCAUGGUAGUAAUUUUUCCAGUUUAUAAAAAAAGGCAGCGUUGUUAUUAGCUGCUAUUUCGUUUUAAAGAUAUAGUCAAGCAUUUUAUAUUUCGUUUUAAAGGUAAAGUCAAGCAUUUUAUAUUUAGUUUUCAAUGUAGUUGCAAGCAUAUUGUUUCCAUGGUUUUACAAGAUUGUGAGGAUACUAUAAGAGAUAUAAUUAAGGAGUAAAUCUAGGCAAAGGUCUAAAUGUGACGCAUUCUCCAUGGAAACCAAUUAAAUGUUUCUGCAGAUUUAUAACUUUGACCUGAAAUUACUAUUUACGCAGACCCAGAACUUAUGUUUCUGGCACUAUACUGCUUUACCUGGCUCCUCCCAUUUCUGUGACAACAAAUCUUAUCAGACAAGUGUCUGUACCAUGGCUGUGGCUUCAUGGUGUCUGUAGCACUGCAGUAUUUAACCGAAGGCUCCUUCAUUCCAUGAACUAGUGGUAUCAGAGCAAUCUGAACGGUGAAUACUGGAGUAAUACUAAGCCCCCCAUAAAUCUACAGUGUGUAGGUCCCCAUACGUCCUUUUCAACAAUCAUGGUGACUUUUUUUGUGCCUGUUUAAUAAAGCUUCAGUCAUACUAAAGUAGUAUCACUAUAAUGGCACAAUAUUUCCAAGUCAAGAUUUUAAAAAUAAGUAAUUAUUUACAAACUGUAUAUCCUAGACCUGGAGAGGCUUAAGGACAACUUGGCUCAGGAAAUUUAUAUAUAGAAACAACAGUUUUGGUAGUCCAGAUGUUAUUUGGAGUGUCCCUUUAAUCUUCGUUACUUUUGUAGAAAAAUUUAAAUAAAGCACCUGUGCUCCCUCACUACUGCAGUGUAUCCUGCUAUGCUUCAGAGAGUGGGACUACCAUUAGGGACUACACUGCCACGGUUUCUGUGUGUUGCAGUUCAGCUGUUAGCUUUCUAGAGUAGACAGCCGAAAACUGUAUUUCAACUGCUAUGCAAAACCUCUGCUGUGCGCAGAGUGCAUUGAUGUAGAGUAAUUCAUGGGAUAAGCUCCACAAUUUCAUUAAAAAGUGGUAGGCAAGCAUUGCCACUGCAGAUGUUGUGGACUAAAUCUCUGAUAAUGCUCUUUCAGCCAUAAAACUGCUAGAAAAGCGUCAGGGGAGAUGUAGUCCACCACUUGUGCAGUUCUGAAGGUUGCCUGCCUCCGUAUUGAAAGUUGAAGAAGCUCUUUAUAUAAUCUUUAUGCCAAAAUACUGCUAAUCCAAUCUACACUAUGAUCUCUAUGAAACACUCAUGGUAACUGUGUUGGAACUUCAUUGAAAUUCCAAUGCAGUCUAAGGAUACAGUAAGACAUAGCUUUCCAAUUCUUUCCAAUCCUCGCAGUUGUCACAAGUCUUAGGUGUGGGAUUCAGGUAUCUUCUCCAUCAUUGGGUGACAUGAUCUAUGGAGGCUCCCAUGGUGUGCAGAUGAAGCUGUUAUCAGGAAGAAGAUGACGACCUUCCACUGCAGCCACUGGAGUCUGAGCAGAUAUGUCACCUGCUGGGGUCUUUGCAAAAUAUGCAAAGACUCCAAAAAGUGAUAAGUAUGCUUUGAAUGGGCUUAACAUGCUGUAGUGUUUAUGGUGGCUGGAGUUCCUUAGCACUAUGCCAGGGUGAGGAAUCAAACCAUUUUAAUAAUGGUGUGACACUUUCCUUCUGAUUGUCAUGAUAUCGCUGAAGUGUUCUCCACGUAGGGCAUCAUUCAUCGGCUGCAGUGGUAAAGUAAUUGUCAAGUCACAUUCAAUGAAGUUAACAUAUGGCAAAUUCCGCUACGCCUGCAAAUAAUUGGAAUAUAUAAUAUUUCUCACGGUUCAAAACAUUCAGAUUUCCUUCUUUCUGGCUAAAGUUAGUUAACAUAACCUGAAGAGCUAAACACAAUACAAUUUUCCAGACUGCAUUCCAAGGGAUCCAAAUGAUUCAUCUGACUCUACUUGGAUCCCUUGGCGUGUGGGCUGGAACAAUGUUUUGCGUUUAGCUCUACAAGUAAGUUACAAAACAUGCAAAAAUCAUUUGAUUACAUAUCAUGGGAUGGAGCUAGAGUACUUAUGGCACUAUAAUCACUGUACCACACUCUACUCGUUGUGGUUCUUAGAAUGCCAUUCUAAUAGAGCAACAUAAUAGGCAGAGUCAUUUCCUGGUCUAUGCAAAGUGUAUGCAAAAUUCACUGAUGAAGCUGCAAAACCUGCAGAUUUAUAGCAAAUAUGAGUAUAUAUUUUUUAUUUGUUGUUUCUAUAUUUAUAGGAGAGUAUAAAAAUACCCUUUGGCAAAAAGGAUGUUGAUGCUGUAUUUACUGUCCCCAGCACUUGCAGUCGAUUAAUGUAUGCAGUCAUUUUAACACAUGGCGCCGGUGGAGACAUGAACUAUCCUCCGUUGGUGUCUUUAGCAAAGUAUCUGGCCACACACAGAGUCCUGUGUCUUAGAUUUACAUGUAAAGGCCUCAAUUUUGCUCACCGAACAAAAGUUUACACUGCUGUACUGGUAUGUAACGUGGUUAAUCUUAUUACGUACUUUUAUUUAUAAUGUAUUGCAGUAAAUGACUAAUUCUAACUCUAAUCUAUAAUAACAGUAAUCUUAUUAUAAUGACUAACUCAUUCCCUUUAGGCACGAACUAAUCCAAAAUUCAUACCUGGUGUUAAUCUGUUUUUCCAUGUAGGAAUUCUGUUUGUAAAUAAUGCAAAAUAUUUACUUACAUUAGAAAAGUCUGUUCAAACUGCUGUUUUUUUUUUUUAACCUUAAAAUUAAAUUUCUUUUAUUUUUAAGUUUUGGAAAAUGUUUUUCCUGACUUUGUACAUUUUUAGGAAUACCUGAAGUCUUGCAAGGAGCGUAAAAUAGCUGGUGUGUUUCUUGCAGGUUAGUUGUUCAAUUUACCAAAUAUCAUUAUUGCAUAUUCUAUUUGUCAUAUUUUAGUUAGUUACACCAUGGAGAUUUUAAUACAAAAUCCACUUUUUUUUUUAAUUGGGGGAGAUUCAUAAUUUAUUCUAGGCCUGCUCUCCACGCAAUCCUCAAGGCGCACCAAUCCUCUAGGAUGUUGUAAAAUCCUCAUUGGAACAUACUUAACAUACGCCUAAAUUCUGGAUUGUUCGUGUGCUUUGAGACUAUGUUAGAAACCACAGAUUUAGUGGAGUGCAGAUAUUAAAUGAAUUAUAUGCAAUUUAACCAACAACAUUUUAAGAUAGGAUAAAACAAUGACUGUACUUCAACUUUAGGUAACAUUUUAUUUCAUUAAAUUAUAUCAGGUAAUACAUGGUUUUACUAUUAAUGUAUUGUGCUGACAUCACACAUAUUAAAACAGCAAAACAUGAACAUUUUGUAGCAAUGCACAUGUGCCUGAUACUUCAAUAUUAGUAGGAAAAGAAUUUGAUUUAUUUUCUUGCAAAGGUCGAUCAAUGGGAUCUCGAGCUGCUGCUGCUGUGAUGAGGAGGGCUUCUGAAGAUGAUGAUGAAUUUGUGCGUGGGCUGAUCUGUCUUUCAUAUCCAUUGCACCCGCCCAACACCAAGAACAAGCUAAGGGAUGAAGAUCUCUUGCUGAUCAUAAACCCAGUGCUGUUUGUUUCAGGAUCUUUAGAUGACAUGUGUGAUAAGGUGAGGCAUUUGCUUAUGGUAAUUAUUAUUUAAAAUAAUAUUAAACUGCCAGUUAAAGUAAUCUAUGAGUAUCAGGACCUGGACUAUGACUAUAAAGUGCUUAACAUUACAGCAAAGAUUAAUCCAUCCAAACAUAGUGUUUUAUUAAAACAUUGGUUUUGACUGGAGUAACCUCUUAAAAGUAAAUCUGGACCCGUUUGAUGGCCCUGUGUUCGUAGGAGUCAUGAAUGUGUGGCUACGCUGCACACUCAUAUUAUCUGUGUGAGAACCGCACAAUGAAGGGGGAGAAGAGUGUGGAGGGAGGCAAAAUGCAUUAUCACUUGUUUAUCCCAAAAUACUUGCACUGGUUUGGGGACCCAUGAUCUCUUAUUUGCACAGUGGCCCUGUGAGUCUCCCCUGAUAGCAAUGUUCAAAAAUCUUUGCUUCAAGCUGAUUACAAAUCUUUCAUGUCUCUAACUAUAAAUAUUGAAAAGUGUUGUUUUCUGGUUUGCUGGUGUUAUUAAAAACUCAUCAUGGAGACAUUUUACAUAGCCCCAAAGCUCAGAGAAGGACUAAGAUCCCACAGGGCUGUGGACAAGUUGCCAGUUAGGGCAUCCUCUUUGUUCUCCGCAUAAGGAUGGAAAAUAAGGCCAAGCUAAUUCAUGGUUUCAGGACUUCUCUCUAACGCCUGGGCUCUAGUUGGCCUCUUAAGGUUACCUUUAAGCGAGUCCUGUUUUUCUAAAACUUUUUGAUUCAUUUUUAUUUUAUAGAUCUUAAUUUUCAAAAUUGAUUUCUUUUCACAAUACUUUAUUUACAGUUGUACUUGAGUACAGGUUAGUCAUGUAGGAAAAUCCUUCUAGUUGUUUAACCCCUUAAGGACCAAACUUCUGGAAUAAAAGGGAAUCAUGACAUGUCAAACAUGUCAUGUGUCCUUAAGGGGUUAAUGUCUACUUUAAGAAUCAUUAUGAGGGAGGUGAGCUAUAGAAAAUCUAGAACAUUUUCAAGGAUUAAAUAUGAAUAGAAAAACUGAGGCAGGAAGAACUGAUCUAAAAAAAAUUCCUACUCAGCCAUAACCAAAACUUUAUUUUUUUCCUCAGUUUGGCACUCUACUUUUAACUUUAGUCCACAACCCUACAGUUUGUCUACUCAAAAACAUUGACAGGAGAGUGUUCACUUUAGUGCUGUGCUCCUUAUAGGCUAUCUCAAAAGCAAGCUAUUGAUAAAUCAAGAAACCUGAAAGACAGGUCUUUAUUUUCCGCAUGGUGAAAGGUACUGUUUAUUAUUUAUUUAUAUAUAUGUAUAUUUUUUUUAAUUAGAGACUUAUGGCAGAUUUAAUAACCAAAAUGAAAGCUCCUGUACAAAUCCAUCUGGUUGAAAAUGCAAAUCAUGGAAUGGCAGUCAAGGGCAAAACUAUGGAGGAUGUCACAUCUGAAAUAAAUGAGACAGUAUUGUCAUGGAUUCAAAAAAACUGUUGAACAUUUUAAAUGUGGUUUGAAAAUGUUGUCUGGAAAAUUUCAAACGUUGUAAGUUUCCUCUUACAUUUCAAAGGUUAUUUGUUUACUAUAUCUAAAAGUUGUUUUGUUCAUUAUAUUGUGUUUAGCAUAAACUAAUAGUUGUCAUAACGCAAGUAAGAUAAUUUUGUUUUAUGUAAGUCAAUAAAGUAUGUCAUAGUUUCCCACUUGUAUUGUUCAUAGACUGGCCAUUUCAGAUUUUGAACUUAUUUUAUAUGUGAUGAAUAUUGUAAGAGAAGGAUUAUAUAGUCACCAUAGGGCCAUAAGGUCUUUAAAACAAAAAAGUAAUGAAACAUACAAUUAAUAUGUAAUUAUGUAUUUUUUAAAGGCCCAUGGGAUGAUCAACAUUCUAACAGUAUGUGACAGGGUGGUGCUAUAAGUUCACAAUAUUGCAAUAAUAUCAGGCAUUACAUUGAUUUCUAAAAACAACAAUAAAAAAGGCUGCACCACAUUAAAUAAUAGGAGAUAAGCAAAGUCCAAUUCCAAUAAAAGAGACAAAUUUUAAAGCUAAGUCCAACUUAUGUGUUCUUACGAUUGGUCUUUAAGGAGAUGAAUGCAAAGAUAAGGUCUUCGGAUAUUGGAGUGGUUCCACUUAUAUAGAAGAUAAAAGAGAGGGACAACCAAUAGUGCAAAAUGUAUAGCUCAAAUAUGAGCGUAAUAGAAAAUAAUGGUAGAGAACUCACAUUUAUAGGAGCUUAUAUCCAGCUCUGGGGUAAAGCGUGUUCAGCGGUAUAAUCCCUGCUUAUGGGAUUUGUAGUGGGUACCUCUCCAUCACUGGUGUCCAAUUCUGAAACAUCAUAGAUGCGGUGUUGAGGAGGGGGACAUUUUCUUGGUUUCCAUCAUUUCUUAGCUUGAUGUUUCCGACAGGAUCUCCCUGCGUGUGUCUGUGUGUUUCAGAAUUGGACACCAGUGACGGAGAGGUACCCACUACAAAUCCCAUAAGCGGGGAUUUUUUAAAUUGUGUCUUCAAGCAAUCAAACAGCUGAUGACAAAAAAAAUUCUUAAAAUGUCAAACAGUUGAGUAAAUUAACUAUUAAAGGGAAACUAUAGCCACCAGAACAACGACAGCUUAAUGUAGUGGUUCUGGUGUCUACAGUCAGUCUCUGCAGGCUUUGCAAUGUAAAAGCUGCCUUUUCAGAGAUAAGGCAGUGCUUACAUUGGUACCUAGAGCACUGCUAGUGGCAGUCACUCACACGGCCACUACAGGUGCUUCCUGUGCUACGCUCGACAUGGAGACACUGAAUGAUUCCCAUAGAGAUGCAUUAAUUCUGAUUGGUGCAGUGUGGUGUUUUGCUGUGCAUGCACAAUAGCCUCCCAAUCGGAAAGUGUUGGAUUGGCUGAGAUCAUCAAAAUUGAAGUUUUAUGGUGUGGAAAAAAAGAUGAGUAAAAACACCUUUACAUUGCUCUGACAGGGGCACCGAGGAUCUAAAUUGCCACACAGGCACUGUAGUGUCAAGAAUACAUGUUUCAUUCCUGAAACUAUAGAGCUCCUUUAAGAAAGUAAAAACAUGGUGAAAGGAUUUUUUUUCCUGCAGAAGUAUAUUCAAACCAGCUAUAUUACACGAAGUAUAUGGAUUUAUAUAACACCAACUAGUCCAGGGUUUGACAAAAAUCCCAAGUCACCAUGAUGACUAGGAAAUUUGUCCUGGCGCCUGAUUGUUUGUCAGCCCAUUUAACACGAAUGCCUGCCGAUGAUCUCCGCCAAGCUGUCAGGACUUUAAGACUUGUAAAGCACUAUGGAAUCUGUUGGUGCUAUAUAAAUGGCAAUAAUAAUAAUAAUAAACGUUAUGUGAUGAAACGUUGCGCAUGAACGAUCUCGUCUUUGAGAGAAAGAGAUCUUGUUUGAGUGAAAGACAAGAGUUAAGCCAUCUGAGCCCACACUGUAGGGUAAUUAGCUAUUUUAAAAUCUAAAAGUAAAAAAAAUAACAAUAAUUUUGAUUUAUUUGUGUCUGCGGUUUUUACUUAUUUCAUUUGUGUUGUUGUUAGCUUGACAUAAAUGAUGCAUCCAUAGUAUACAAAACGAUCACUUUAAUUACAAACUCCCAAAAUGCAGGAGUAUGAUAUAAAGUACUGUUUAUUUUCUGUACCUUGUUAGACAGACUUAAGCACAUUAAAUUGCCCAUAGAGCAGCUAGAAGGGUACAGAAAAUCCACUUUACUUUAUAUUCUAUUUCUGUAAGUAUAAUACAUGUGCAAAAAUAUACUGAUUGUUACUUUUGAAUAAAGUGAUGCAUACAUAUUUGCACACAUCAAACAUCCUGUAUUGUCCAUAGAUCAUUUGAAUUUUGAUCAUUUAAAAUUCUUUAUUCAAA